CGCGCGAGCGCCGCUCCACUGCCGGGCGACCGCGGGAAAAUUCCAAAAAAGUCAAACAAAACAAAAAACCAGUACGGGGCAAAGCCAAAUUUGCAAGCCACAGAACCCGGGCGGAGGCGUCCUUUCUGCCACUGCCCAAACUGCUGAAGCAGCUCUGGCGCAGACCACCCGAUUUGAUGUGUGCUCACUGUUUCUUUCAGUGCUUGGCAGGCUGCUGUGAAGGUCCAUCACCUUUUCCCUUUCUCCAGGAUGGCUCAAGAUUCAGUAGGCUUUUUUUCUGCUUAUCAGUUUUGGAUGCAGAAGCUUUCUGUGUGGGACCAGGCCUCUACUCUGGAAACCUGGCAAGAUGCCUGCCUUCACCUGCCUCGAUUUCAGGAGUUCCUGAGGCAGAUGUAUGAAGUCUUGAAAGAGAUGGAUUCAAAUACGAUCAUUGAAAGGUUCCCCACAAUUGGUCAACUCUUGGCAAAAACUUGCUGGAAUCCUUUUAUCUUAGCAUUUGAUGAAAGCCAGAAAAUUCUAAUAUGGUGCUUAUGUUGUCUAAUUAAUAAAGAACCACAGAAUUCUGAAGAAUCGAAACUUAACUCCUGGACACGGGGGUUGUUAUCUCAUAUACUUUCGGCAUUCAGAUUUGAUACAAAAGAAGUUGGUCUUUUUACUCAAGGUCUUGAAUUUACACCUGCAGAUUACUAUCCUGGUUUGCUUAAAAAUAUGGUUUUAUCAUUAGUGUCUGAACUCCGAGAGAAUCAUCUUAAUGGAUUUAACACUCAAAGGCGAAUAGUUCCUGAAAAAAUAAGGCUCCUGUCACGAAUUUGUAUACCACUUGUAACUCUGCCAGAUAUUGAACCACUGGUGGAGGCUCUUCUCACCUACCAUGGACAUGAACCUCAGGAAGUGCUCUGGCCUGAGUUCUUUGAUGCUGUGAAUGAGGCCUUUCUGCUGAAGAAGAUCUCUCUCCCCGAGUCCGCUGUAGUCUGCCUCUGGCUUCGGCACCUUCCCAGCCUUGAAAAAGCAACACUGCAUCUUUUUGAAAAGCUGAUCUCCAGUGCGAGAAAUUUCCUGAGAAGGAUUGAAUGCUUUUUGAAAGAUUCAUUACUGCCUGAAGCAGCCUGCCACCCUGCCAUAUUCAGAGUUGUCGAUGAAACGUUCAGGUAUGCACUCCUGGAAACCAAUGGAGCCCCAGAAGUAAUAGCCACUAUUCAAGUGUUUACAGGGUGCUUUGUGGAAGCUCUGGAAAAAAAAAAACAACUGAAGUUUACAUUCAAGACCUACUUUCCUUAUGGCUCUCCAUCCCUUGUUAUGGUGCUGCUACAACACCCAAAAGAAAUCCCACAAGAACUGUGGCACCAGCCACUGAAACAUAUUUCCGAAAUGCUCAGAGAAAUAGUUGAAGACCAGACUCACAGGUCCUACGGAGGCCCCUUUGAGUGCUGGUUGUUCAUUCACUUUGGAGGAUGGGCUGAUAUGGCGGCUGAGCAGUUAGUGAUGUCAGAAGCUGAACCCCCUGAGGCCCUGCUCUGGCUCUUGGCAUUCAGCUACAGCCCACGUGACGGGAGUCUGCAGCGAGCACAGACCAUGGUAGAGGUAAAAGCAGUGCUCGUCCGCCUCAAAAAGCUGCUUAGAAGUCCAAAUCUCUCAGCAAGAGAUCUUCAGGCAGCAGCUGCAGAGAGCAGAGACAGAGACCCCAGACCACCUUUGUGUCAACAGCUCAUCAGGCGCCUCCUCCUGAACUUCCUGCUCUGGACUCCUAGAGCCCAUGUGAUUGCCUGGGAAGUCCUCACCCUUAUGGCUCCAACUGAUGAGUUAGCCCACGAGAUGACUGGCUUUCUCGACCAGACCUUGUACAGAUGGGAUCAUCUCCGCAUGGAAGCCACAAGGCCGAGAAAGCUGGCCAGAGAACUCCUCGCAGAGCUGCGCCCAGCUGGCACUGCCGUGUAGGCACCGGGCUCCCUGUGGCCUCGUGAGGUAAUGAGACCGUCUCUUCAUGGAAUGAGUAGUGAGAAUGAGCCCUAGAGCUUGGCAUGAUUUACUGGUACAUAUUUUAUGAAGUGAAAAGACAGGUCCUUUAGCCCAAACUCAGUCGAGUUUAUUGUUCGUGACUGGAUUGUGGCCUCUAGCAUUCCCUACCUGUUCAGCCCAGCUGUCAGAGAAUCACCAAAGGCUUGCAUCGGAGAACAGAUUUUUACUUCUGUUUUCCCUCAUAUCAAACCAAGAUAGGCAACUGUGACUUGAUUAGUUCAAAGUCUUUGGACCAAGAAAUUCAUGAACCACUGAUCAAUUCAGAAAGUAACUUUGUUCUUUUGCACAGGUCUCUUUUUUAGAAAUCGUGUUACUGUUAUUGGUGUUUCUUUUGACCUGCAGGGAUUUGAGAUGAAGCCACACUGUCUUGUUUCCCUGAGAAAUUCUUCAUCGAGGAGCCUCUCGGGGACCUUAGAAGGGAAACAGAGUCCACUUGAGACUGAUAGCAAAGUGGUAGUGAACGGGACCACUGCUCAUUGGUGGGCACGCGAGCCAGCCCUGCUGUGGAGGACGGUACUUGCCAACGGGGUAAAGCCGGUUCCAGUGCUA